AUGGACCCCGGACCUGUACAGAAACACUCGAGCGGUGCUUGUCGCCGCUGUCAUGGCCGAAAAGUCAGAUGCGACAGGUCAAAAGGCUCGCCUUGCUCAAAUUGUCGUGCUACUGGCGCUUACUGUGUACCCUACGAGAAGCACCGCCCUCAGAGGCGUCGGGUUAACAAGCCUCUUGCACCCUUGCCAGCCAAAGUAGCAGAUACAUUGCAGACGGCCUCCCAGGGUGUGCUAGCAGAAGAACAAAAGCUGCAAUGCUCACCACCACAAUCCAACGCCUUUCAUGACUCUACGACCACCCCAGCUCAACCUACUCCUCAUACUGGCACUGCCAACGCGAGCACGGCGUCGCCGGCCUCUCUGAUCCAGAUCGAUGACUCUACGGUGAAACGGCAUCUGGUGGAGAUGUUGUCUCAAGACGACGUCGACAGUCGGAUCAUGCAGAGUGGUGUCCGUAUAGCAUAUGUUGGCCACGAAUACUCGAACAUCAACUACCUAAUCCGCCACAGGACGAAAAACCCAUCUGUCCACCAUUUCCCUGCUAAUCAGAUUUCUCGUCAUUAUACCAGCCAUGAGCUCGAGCGUAUUCCCAAGGAGGCUUUUGCCCUUCCUUCGCGGACAUUGGUGGAUGAGUUGCUAGAGCAAUAUUUCAUUCACGUCAACCCAGGAUUCCCCAUAUUGGACGAAGAGAUAUUCAUGGCUCAGUAUAGAGCACGCAACCCUCAAAAUCCUCCUUCACUUCUUGUUCUCCAGGCAGUGCUCAUGGUAGGUGCCCACAUUGCCCGCGACCGACCGGAUCGCGACACACUGAAAGCAAUGUUCUUCCGGCGCGCCAAGAUGCUCUUCGAUGCUCGCUUCGAAUGGAACCGGGACGUUGUAGUGCAAGCCGCGUUGCUCCUGACCUGGCAUUCCGAAGGUGUGGAGGACGUUGGGGCUAAUUCAUAUCAUUGGGUCGGAAUCGCAGCAAGGACAGCGCUGGGCCUGGGCAUGCAUCGUGAUUGCGGGUCCAGUACCUUGGUUGCCCACGACAAGCGGAUUUGGCGACGGGUCUUUUGGAUUCUGGUUCAGUUCGACGUCAUCGUUUCACUGUCGUAUGGCCGGCCUCAAGCCGUCAAUCUCGACGAGUGUGAUGUUCCUCCUCUGACCGUGGCGGAUUUCAAGGGCAUUGGCCGUCUUGCCCAAGUCGAUUUUGUCAUUCAGCACACCGAGUUGUGCGCCAGAAUGUCAAAGAUCUUGCGUGAUCACCUUCGCCCAGGCUUGAGCGAGGAAUCUCACCUGAAUUCUCUCACGACUGCCGACGAAUUGCUCGCAGACUGGUGGAGUUGCUUACCUUCACAUUUGCGAGCUCGGUCGGCCGAGUCCACGAUCUGGUCCAAGAUGUUACUCUUGACAUAUAACAACUUUCUGAUCCUCCUGCAUCGCCCGCCGCCAGCCAAGGCAGCCACCUCUAGCAUAUCGAGGUCAUAUGAUUCUGGAGAUAUUUGCAGCUCCGCUGCAAACACUAUCACGGAUUUGUUUGACCAGUUGCGGGAAAACAACGAAAUCCGGUUCCUUUGGAUAUCCUCUGUAAACGUCCUCUUCACCACCCUCAUCCAACUGAGUGCCGAAAUGCGAACGGCGAAUCCUAUACUUGCGGUAGACGCUCUGCGGAGAUUUGACGUCGCACUGGAAUGCCUUAGCAUCCUGGCUGAAUACUGGCUCAAUGCCGAAAUCAUUCUUCGUUUGUUCGAGGAAAGCUCGGAGAGACUACAGCAGGAGCUUAAGAUCGGACGCUCUUCAGAUGGCUGGUGA